CUGCCGCAGAAAGGUGCACCGGAUCGAUUUCUUUCACGUGUCUUUCGCGCAUAAGUUACAGGCUUCUGAGAGCUUAAUAGUAAAUACUCGCGCCUCAGCUUGGCCUUCGCGUUGCCCUGAGAACAACGUCGUCAGUUCGUGCCGCGUGCGCUCUCGUUGGAAGCCAAUUCGUAACGUUCACCACCUACGACUAAGUCCCCGUAAUCGUCAAGGGGUACGAUAUCUGCUUGUGGGUUCUCUUAUUAUCUGUGUUUUUGUUGUUCGCUCUAUUCCCGCAGUUGCACAUAAUUAGAAAGUUUAAUUUAAAAACUAUUUUUUUCCUCCACCUGGCAUAGCCUGUCUUUUUUUCACUUUUUCGCGCAAUCAUCUAGUUCGUUUGUGAUUUUUGUUUCUGUACUAUUUCUUCGUUUGAUUGCUGGAACCAUUCGCGUGUAAUAAAUCCCGGGAUUUGCUAACAGUGCGUGUGUAAUUAUUAUACUUUGUUGUUUAGCCUGUUUCUGGCGCUUCUGGGUUCCGUGCGUCCCAUCUAGUGCCGGCUGUUGGUAACCCAGUGCAAUCGUGUUCGUAUCGCCUUAAUUCAAUAUACCGCGAUUGUGGUGUGAAAGAUAGCAACAAAAAGUGUGAUAAUUUGGUGGCCACUGUUUGGACCGCACCAAAACGGGAAGAUAAAAAUGUUUUAGUGGAACGGAAAUUGGUACUUCAAUUGGUACACAAAGAGCUUACAUAUUCAAGUCUGUUACAUAAUCAAAAACCGAGAAAAGAAAUUAUCGAUUGGUUCGAUGUUUACAGUUUUCGUUAUUUAUCUUAUCCUAGCUGGAAACUGAUUGGUGAAGAUCAUCAUCCCAGAAGUGACCGUUAAGUGAUCAAGAAACUGCCGAUUCAAAAUUGCUGCUUUCGAGAUGAAUCUCUUCCACAUCGGUUUGGCCUUAUUGGUCGGAGUUUGCAGCACCUUCGUCUGCAAUGCAAAAGCAACCCACAAAGUGUUCUGCUCCGAGGACCAAAUGCGAGUUCACGUUGCCCUGCCAGCGAAUGAUUCCAGUACCAUGAUCUACCUGGAAGGCAUGAAAGGCUAUCCUGAACCCAAGUGUAAACCGACCAUCAAUGACACUCUGGCAGAGUUUCAACUGUCGCUAUCGAACGUCUAUGAGUGUGGUGUGACGAGAGUGGUCAACAAACUUACCGGUAAAAAAGUAUACUACCACCGGAUCAUCAUUGAGGGCGGUCAAGAGUUUGGCAAGGAAAUUGUCAGCGUAAAAUGUGUCACUAACGGACCUCUCUACAACGUAACCCAUGGGAUCGUCAAGCGAGAUGUACUGCCGGCAGGAUUUCAGGAACCAGAGGACCUGGAAAUUACUUCCAACAUAACAGGAAGUGCCCCAGAGCCAUCACUGAGCAUUGCCGUUCGUCAAGGUGACCAAUUGGUCUCGGGUGACUUGAAUGUGAGUCCAGGGACGAACCUUCAAAUGGAAAUAUUUUUGGAUAAAAACUCGGCUCCAAUUUAUGGUCUUGGAGUGAAUUACAUGCAAGUGACAGACACUUUGUCGCAAGAGGAAACUAUUAUAUUCAAUGGAUGCUCGGUCGAUCCAUAUUUAUUCGAAAACUUCAAUACUGUUGACGGGGACCUGCUCACGGCAAAGUUUCGUGCCUUCAAAUUUCCGGAGUCAACCUACGUACAGUUUCGUGGCACCGUUAAUGUGUGCGUGGAUCGAUGCAAAGGAGUAACCUGCAGCAAUGGACAAAUCGCCUACGGCCGUAAACGUCGCGAAAUCAGUCAAAGCUUGGCUGAUCCAAACAAAGUUUACGAAGUGACCAUGACAACGUUCAUCAAGGUCAAUUAUGACGACAGUGUAGAUAAGGGUGCCGCUUCGGACAUCGAUCAGAAAUUUCGACAACUGAAACUGGCAAAUCAAAAGCUGGCCCGAAACAGUCGCGCUGGUAACGUAUUCGAAAGCAUUCACGUGUCCAAAACCGCCGAAUCAAGUCCAAGUGAAAACGCCAAGGUCGAAGAAACGAUUCUAUUCACCAGGGAGGUCAUUAGUCAGCCUCAAGGAAACAUAGGUAUGAGUAGCAGCAGCAGUCGGCAAUUUACAGUAGCUAGCUUAGCCAUUGCACUGCUACUAUCCUUAACCGCAAUCAAAUGCAACGUUGUCCUCUAAACUAACGAUUUCCUACUAAUGAUCUCAGUGAGCAAACUUUUUUGGCAAGUAACCAGCGGAUAUAUAGGCAAACACGCAAGUGCAACUAACUGCCAGAAUACUAACUGAUAAUCUGACCCAAUAAUGGCUCGAAUUGAUACGCAAGUAAUUGUAAAUAACGCGAUGUGCUAGUUCGUAAGCGGAAAAUGCGUACCAAGAAGCAAUGAAAUUUAAUAUUUUAAAUACAAUGACGCAAAAUUUUAGCUACUUCGAAAUUUUAGCAAACAAUUUUUUUUAAAGCGAAUGAUUUUUACAAACGAAAUGUGAUUGAUUAAACUAUUGUAUAUUUGUUCUGUGCUUCAACUAAUUGGCGGUAGAGCUAGAGUAGGAUGAAUUCAAACUCAAACUUUCAAUACAAUUCGGUAGGCAAUAAGCAAUGUAAGUUAUACUAGUCUAAUAAAUGUAAAAUGAAAUUCAGCGAUUGCAGACUUAGUGUAAAAUUUAAGCAAGAAUUAAACUAAAUCUGUAAGGUAAUAUAGAGCUAAGCGAAACAACGAAACCAUCGAUAAGCGGGCCAUGUGUGAGUGUUGUGGGAUUUGACAAACUUAUAUCUUAGGUGUCUAAGUGCUUGUCAGUCUAACUUAUGAUUUACUCCAUUCGAUGGUAGUACGAUUUCCCCAUUCAUAAUCCAACAACACGAAGCUGCGUUGUUCCACAGGUGGCCCGCUUAUUGCACGGAACUAUCUAUGUAGAAACUAAAAAUAAUGUGAAAAUAACUAAACUUACGACAAUAAAAUACUAACGAAGUAA